CUUCAGCAGAGAGGAGUUUCUUUUCUACAAAAUGGCUUUACAGGAGCUGUGCGACCUCCGGGACGUCCCAGCGGACCGUUUAACCCCCGGAUGCUCUCGGCAGCUUUCUGGGAACAACACUGGUUGUGACCAUGUGCGCGGCUCUUCCUUUGGCAACGCCUCACGCCAGUUUAGCUUUUACGUACCCGUUGCAGAAUACUUGGACGAAAGCCCGAUCCGGUUUGGACAGAUCCGCCCCGCCUCUUCACAAGAAUCCGUCCUGCAGCCCCCCUGCGGGCCCGCGGGUCUCCCCCCGGCCGCCUCCCAGACCGUCCCCCUUCCCUUCCCCAUGUCUCACGGCACCACCACCCUGGCCUUCCUGUUCCAGGGCGGCGUGCUGGCGGCGGCGGACACUCGCUCCAGCUGCUCGGGCCUCGUGGCGUGCCCGGCCUCGCAGAAGAUCCGGCCCAUCCACAGCCACCUGGUGGGCACCACGUCGGGCACCUCGGCCGACUGCGCCCUGUGGAAGCGCAUCCUGUCCCGGGAGCUGCGGCUCUACCAGCUGCGCCACGGCCGCCGCCUGUCCACCAGCGGGGCGGCCAAGCUGCUCGCCUGCAUGCUCCACCCGUUCAAGGGGACGGAGCUGUGCGUGGCCGCCACCUUGUGCGGGUGGGACGGAGGGGAGGCGGGCGAGGGUGGAGGCGCAAGCGCCGACCUGGGCGGAACGUCGGGGGGUCUCCAAAAGGCCUCUCCGAGCUCCUCCGGACCCGGCCUGUGGUACGUGUGCAGCGAUGGCACCCGCCUGAGAGGAUCGCUCUUCUCCGUCGGCUCGGGGUCGCCCUACGCCUACUCCAUUUUGGACCAAGGGGUCCGAUGGGGGCUGACGGUGGAGGAGGCCACGUCCGUAGCCAGGGAGGCCGUGUACAGAGCCGCGCACAGGGACGCGUGGUCGGGGAACUGCGUGGACGUCUAUCACGUCACCUCCAAAGGAUGGACCCGCAGGAAGAGAGAGGAUCUGAAAGAGGAGUAUUACCGGGAGAAAGGACGCCAGGGAAGGUGACCGCCGUGGCGUGCGGAUGCUGAACGAAUGGACGGGGGGGGGGGAAACGAUCCGGCAGACGGCUGAUGUUUUGUUUUUUAACGGGACUCCGCUGCUGCUGCUGCUGUUUGGACGGCGAAAACAUUAUGGGAGAUAAUUAUGAGCUACUCCUGCGUCAUUUGAAUCCCACCGACGGAGGGAACCAACCGGCGCAAACAGCCAGAGGAAACCCAGAGGUCUCGUCCUGCGUGACGGAACCCGUUUGGCAACCAGGAGUUGAAAACUGAUUGGUUUCUGUGACGGGUCAAUAAAUCGACGAGGGGAUGAACGUGAUCUUGCUGAAGCUGCUCGUUUGGUUCUGUCUGAGCAGCCUGGUAGUAAAUGAAGUGUUGGCUUGAUUAUCUCUGUGACGAUGACUCUGCAAAGCGAUAUUGUUUUAAAAGGUAAAGAGCAGUUCGUCCUGUUCAGCCGUGCUUCUUUAUGAACCUCGUCGCCGCAAAGUUUUCGAGGCCGAUGAAUGAGGGUAUGAAUUAUGCUUCCCCGUUAAAGAAAGGUUUGUUGUUUUCUGCACGCAGAUGUUGCUUAUUUUUGCAGAAUGCCAUAUGUGGGCGUUUGUGUGCAUUUGCAUGUAUGUACCCGCUUUGUUAAAUAAAUCACGGGCACAUCUCCAGCGCGAC